GGUGACGCCUGCAUAUUUGUGACGUCACACAGGCGGUCACUAUAUAAACCACGUCUGGGGUGGGGGCGCUGAAGGGGAGGUAGAAGAAGGUUCUGGCAGUUGCUGGAGCGCUUGGGAGAAGUAGUCGCGGCUUAGGUUCGGUGCGUCCCACCAGGGAUAUUGUCUCGCUAUGGCCCGUGGGAACCAGCGUGAACUUGCCCGCCAGAAAAACAUGAAGAAAACCCAGGAGGUCCUCAAGGGAAAAAGGAAAGAGGAUAGUUUGUCUGCUUCUCAGAGAAAACAAAGAGACUCUGAAAUCAUGCAGCAAAAGCAGAAAGCAGCUAAUGAGAAGAAGACUCUGCAGGCAGAAGCAAAAUAAACUGUGUGGCUACAUAAAUGACCUAAAAUGUUACAGUACACCAAGUUAUAGGGCCUAAAAUAUCAGACUUGUUUGUAAAAGUGGCCUACCAUUAAAUGGUAAAUGUUUAUCUUAUACUUGCAGACUUAUUCAAUUUGCACUUAUUUAGAAUUUUUGGUUAGUAUAGGCUGAGUAAACCAAGACUUCAUUAAGUUACCUGGAAUACUUAUUUCAAAAAAAUUGCAAGCGCUCUUAUAGGCAUGCAAAUAAGCGUAGUUUAAGUAAUGGUCGCAAUAGCUUAACUGCACCUUUCAUGAUUAACAAUGUUGACUUCACUGAAUGGCUUAUGUGACUACACUAUUAAAGCCACAGUUAGACCAGGUUACCCUCUUCGUGACCCUUAAAGUAUAACAAUCAUUCACAGUGGAACACUACUUUAAAAGCCCAAUACCUUUGUACAAUGCAUUCAAACUUGUAAAGGUCUGAACUGUAAAUCUCAUUUUAAAUUAUUUUUACAAUAAAAUGUUGCAUGAA